GAAGUAUUUAUGAUAUGGGUAGCUGCAUAAUCUUAUAAUACCUGGUUGGUGUAAGUUAAACUUCUUGUUUAUUUUUCUCAUUUGUUGUAGAUGAGUAUGGGUGAAAACUCCAACAACGCAGCUGGGCUUCUACCAAAUCCUGUCGCUGAUCCUCAAACUGGAAUGCGGGUAGGAUUAAUAAACUCCAUACUACUCAUUCAUGGGCGUUCCUCGAAGUCAAUGUUAUUCCACAGUAUAAUCAACUGGUAAGGAAUUCAAACCUGAAGUGAUCGUUGGCAUCCGAGAUUCUGGAAGAUAUGCAGCUGAAUUGCCAGUUCAUUCAUAGUGUAUUGAGUACUGAUAUGGAAGCGCUUCAAAAUUUAACUGUUGAAUGUGAUUUGGAUUCAAAACAGGGGUCUGAUUAUGGUGAGAAAGAAGUGGUGGAGGGGAAUGUGUUAAUGUUGGAGUGGUUGGCUGGCUGGUUCUUGUGUGUGUCUGUGUUGGCGGUGGUACUCUUGUACCUGGAGGUUAACUGCUGGUUGUGUUGUCUUUAUGCGCAUCUCAACUUCAUGUCCAGGUUGAAUUUUGUUGGAGGUCCUAUGUGUUGGAAUACCCGUACAUUUUCUGCAUCAGCCGGUGGCGAGGCCUUCUGUAAUGGACAGACAAGCCAUGUUAGCAAAACUGAUCGGUAUAUGCAAAGAAAGUUUGGGUUUGUCAUAAUAAUUGCAAUGUGA